AUGGAUUUCCUAUUCGGUCGUCGUAAAACUCCCGCCGAAAUGCUCCGGCAAAAUCAACGAGCAUUGAACAAGGCGAUUCGUGAGCUUGAUCGCGAACGAGCAAGGAUGGAGCAACAAGAAAAGAAAAUCAUCGCGGACAUUAAAGCAAUGGCGAAGAAAAAUCAAAUGGACUCUGUUAAAGUGAUGGCAAAAGAUCUUGUGAGAACUCGACGAUAUGUAAAGAAAUUCAUCAUGAUGAAGGCUAAUAUUCAAGCGGUUUCUCUCAAAGUUCAAACGCUGAAAAGUCAGGAUGCGAUGGCGAGCGCCAUGAAGGGUGUGACUCGCGCAAUGCAAUCGAUGAAUCGACAAUUAAAUUUGCCACAAAUUCAAAAAAUUAUGAUGGAGUUCGAGAAACAAUCUGAAAUCAUGGAUAUGAAGGAAGAAAUCAUGGGUGACGCGAUUGACGAUGCGCUCGGCGAAGCCGGCGACGAUGAGGAAAGCGAACAGAUUGUGAAUCAAGUGCUCGAUGAGCUCGGUAUCCAAAUGGGCGAAGAGAUGGCCGGCUUACCAUCGGCGGCGGGAGGAUUAACGGCAGGGGAGAAGUCUGGAAGACAAGCUGUGGCUGCAGGUGGUGCUGCUGGAACUAGUGGAGGCGGAGCUUCCACCGAUAUUGACGACGAUCUUCAAGCUCGACUUGAUCAACUUCGCCGAGAAUAG